CGAGCGAGACAGGCCAUGGCUGGGCCGCCAGUCGCCACUGGGCUGCAGCAGGGAGAGCAGGAACUGGUCCCGUAUUGCAGGCGAGGCCGAAGGAGGAGACGCCCGAAGCGACCCACAAUGUUGACCGUUUUUCUCGUGACGUUGCUGGUGAUUCUGGCGUACUGGAGCACGAGGAAGCCGAAGGACCUGCCUCCGGGCCGAUGGGGUCUGCCGCUGGUGGGGUAUCUGCCCUUUAACAUAACCGUGUUCGGGGACGUCAUCCACCAGUUCAAGAAGGACUAUGGGAGCAUUUUCACGUGGCGCGUGGGCAGCCACGUGGUGGUCGGCCUGAACGACUUCCCGCUGAUCAAGAGCGUGCUCUCGAUGCCGCAGUGCCAGGGGCGCCCCGACCUCUUUACCUUCAACGUCUUCAAGAUGAACACCAAUUCCGGCCUGGUGUUCUCGGAGGGGCGCGUGUGGCACGAGGGCCGACGCUUCGCCCUACGCCACCUGCGGGACUUCGGCCUCGGCAAGACGUCCAUGGAGGAAAUCAUCCAGCGGGAGGCGCAGGAACUGGUGGCCGAGUUCGGGAGGUCGGAGGAGCAGCCCAUCGAGGUGUCGUGGUCGCUCAACGUGGCCGUCCUCAACGUCAUCUGGGGGAUCGUCGCUAACCGGCGCUACAGCAUCCACGACCCCGAGAUCCUACGCUUCAGCAAGAUGGUGGCGACCAACCUGGAGAUCAUCCAGGGCCCGGCCGCGCUGCUCGACAUGUUCCCAUGGCUGGCCCGCGUGGCGCCGUCCGCGCUGCUCGACCGCUGGAUGAAGGUCGACGUCCUGUACGCCAACCUGGCGGACUUCCACAAAUUCGUCAUGGACAUUGUCGAAGAGCACAAGGAAUCGAUGGACUUGAAUUCCCCGCGAGACCUGAUAGACACCUACCUGGCGAUGAGGGGAGAGGAACCCGCCUUCGGAGCCUCCCGCCCUCCAGACAUCAACCUGUUCGCCACCAUCAGCGACCUCUUCGGCGCCGGCAGCGAAACCACCUCCUCGACGACGCGGUGGGUCCUGCUGCUCAUGGCCCUCCACCCGGAGGUGCAGGCGAAGGUGCAGAAGGAGAUCGACGAGGUGGUGGCGCGGAACAGCCUGCCGUCGCUGCAGGACAAGGACAAGAUGCCCUACACGGACGCCAUGCUCCUCGAGACGCUCAGAUACUCGUCCUUACUUCCGCUCAGCUUGUUCCACGCGACCACAGAGGAAGUCAAGAUUUCUGGAUACACCAUUCCGAAGGGAGCCCUCCUGAUGGCCAACGUGGAAGGCUGCCACCGCGACCCCGCCUACUGGGAGAAACCCGACGAGUUUUACCCCGAGCAUUUCCUGGACGAAGGAGGGAGACUCCUGACGAAGAAGGAGGGCUUUCUGCCCUUCUCCACCGGCCGCCGCCAGUGUCUGGGUGAGUCUCUUGCCAGAAUGGAGUUGUUCCUGUUCGUGUCUGCAAUUCUGCAAAAUUUCACCAUCAAGGCCCCCGAGGGCAUCGCGCUCACCGCCGAGAAGGACAAGAGCAACAGGCUGUUCAACACGGUCAGGCCCUACAAGAUCGUCUUCGCCAAAAGGCCCUAGAAGUGCAGGCC